AUGGAAAUCGCGCUAGCGACUGACGCGACCAAUGCUGGCGCGCCUCUAGCGACUGACGCGACCAAUGCUGGCGCGCCUCUAGCGACUGACGCGACCAAUGCUGACGCGACUCUAGCGACUGACGCGACCAAUGCUGCCGCGACUCUAGCGACUGACGCGACCAAUGCUGCCGCGCCUCUAGCGACUGACGCGACCAAUGCUGCCGCGCCUCUAGCGACUGACGCGACCAAUGCUGACACGCCUCUAGCGACUGACGCGACCAAUGCUGACGCGGCUCUAGCGGCUGACGCGACCAAUGCUGACGCGCCUCUAGCGACUGACGCGACCAAUGCUGACGCGCCUCUAGCGACUGACGUGACCAAUGCUGACGCGCCUCUAGCGACUGACGCGACCAAUGCUGCCGCGCCUCUAGCGACUGACGCGACCAAUGCUGACACGCCUCUAGCGACUGACGCGACCAAUGCUGACGCGGCUCUAGCGGCUGACGCGACCAAUGCUGACGCGCCUCUAGCGACUGACGCGACCAAUGCUGCCGCGCCUCUAGCGACUGAUGCGACCAAUGCUGGCGCGCCUCUAGCGACUGACGGGACCAAUGCUGGCGUGCCUCUAGCGACUGAUGCGACCAAUGCUGGCGCGCCUCUAGCGACUGACGCGACUGACGCGACCAAUGCUGACACGCCUCUAGCGACUGACGCGACCAAUGCUGACGCGGCUCUAGCGACUGACGCGACCAAUGCUGCCGCGACUCUAGCGACUGACGCGACCAAUGCUGACGCGCCUCUAGCGACUGACGCGACCAAUGCUGCCGCGCCUCUAGCGACUGACGCGACCAAUGCUGACACGCCUCUAGCGACUGACGCGACCAAUGCUGACGCGGCUCUAGCGGCUGACGCGACCAAUGCUGACGCGCCUCUAGCGACUGACGCGACCAAUGCUGCCGCGCCUCUAGCGACUGACGCGACCAAUGCUGACACGCCUCUAGCGACUGAUGCGACCAAUGCUGGCGCGCCUCUAGCGACUGACGCGACCAAUGCUGGCGCGCCUCUAGCGACUGACGCGACCAAUGCUGGCGUGCCUCUAGCGACUGAUGCGACCAAUGCUGGCGCGCCUCUAGCGACUGACGCGACUGACGCGACCAAUGCUGGCGUGGCAGGCCCAGUAGAACGGUUAAGGCAUCACGCGCGUAUAUGCAAAACAUAUGAAGUACUGUAA